CAUUGCAAUGGAACAUUGGUAAUGGCGGUCAAGGUGGCAACUUAGCAUGAGGAGAUUUGCACACCAAGAACAAGUUUGAAACGAAAGAAACGUAAUACUUUUAUGUUUUUGAGAUAAUAUUUGACCGCAAUGAUGCAGAAUGAAUCCUCAGAUGAGAAUGUUUCAACAAAUAAAAAUAUAAGAACUGUUGAAAUUGAGCAAGGUAGUCAGACAGCACCGUAUCCAUCGCUAGAGAAAAAUGAAACCAUACAAUCCGCUCAGUCGACAUUUGGAGCAGACAUAAGUGAUGACGACGAGGUGUCUGACGUUGGUUCAUUUAUCAUGGAUCAUGACAUUGAUGAAGAAGACCAGGAUAUUGAACCAAAGUUUCUCUUACCCACAGAAGGAAUGGAGGCUUCAAACAUCCCCUCAAUAGAUCCCGAAACACACGCCAGACUAGAAGCAUUACUUGAGGCAGCAGGUUUGUCUUCAGGUAUUGGUAAGCUGUCAACGGCCGAUGGUAAAGCCCUGACCGACCCUGAGGUCCUCAGGAAGUUGACAUCCUCCGUCAGUUGUGCUCUGGAUGAAGCCGCCCAAGCCUUACACAGAAUGCGAGCCGAGCAGCAGGGCCAGCUCACAGGAGCAGAGGGUUCCAGGUCCCUGGCUGAGGCUUGCAGUGAUGGGGAUGUACCAACUGUUCGGAAACUCUUACAUGAGGGAGGAAGUGUUCAUGAAACCACAGAGGAGGGAGAAAGCCUACUGUCUCUGGCCUGCUCAGCUGGUUACUAUGAGCUUGCUCAAGUCUUGUUGGCAAUGAAGGCUAAUGUUGAAGAUCGUGGAAUUAAAGGUGACUGCACCCCACUAAUGGAAGCUGCAAGUGGAGGAUAUGUGGACAUUGUUAAACUUCUAAUUGCACAUGAAGCAGAUGUCAAUGCACAGUCCUCUGCAGGUAAUACCCCCCUGCACUAUGCAGCAUGUGGUGGGUUUGAAGAUGUGGUGCAAGAGUUGUUAGAAGCCGGAGCCAACGUUGAACAGCAUAAUGAGAAUGGACACACACCCCUGAUGGAGUCGGCCAGUGCUGGACAUGUGGGCGUGGCCCGGAUUUUGCUGAGAGCUGGGGCAGGAAUCAACACCCACUCCAAUGAGUUCAAGGAGAGUGCUCUCACCUUGGCAUGUUACAAAGGGCAUUUAGAAAUGGUUAAGUUUCUGCUGGAAGCGGGUGCUGACCAAGAGCAUAAGACAGAUGAAAUGCACACUGCAUUGAUGGAGGCCUCCAUGGAUGGCCAUGUAGAGGUGGCACGGCUAUUGUUGGACAGUGGUGCCCAGGUUAACAUGCCAGCUGACAGCUUUGAGUCCCCCUUGACCUUGGCAGCCUGUGGAGGUCAUGUAGACUUGGCUGCCCUAUUGAUUGAGAGAGGGGCCAACCUGGAGGAGGUGAAUGAUGAGGGCUACACUCCGCUGAUGGAGGCAGCCAGAGAGGGGCAUGAAGAAAUGGUCGGGCUUCUCCUAGCCAAUGGAGCAUACAUAAAUGCCCAGACCGAGGAGACACAGGAGACAGGCCUGACCCUAGCCUGUUGUGGUGGGUUCCUGGAAGUGGCUGACUUCUUGAUUAAAGCUGGCGCUAACAUAGAGCUUGGCUGUAGCACCCCUCUAAUGGAGGCUGCCCAGGAGGGACAUCUGGACCUUGUGCGCUACCUUCUGAAAGCAGGAGCGAAUGUUCAUGCUACCACUGGAACUGGUGAUACUGCCCUGACAUAUGCUUGUGAAAAUGGUCACACAGAUGUUGCGGAGGCAUUGUUAGAGCAUGGGGCAGAAUUGGAGCAUGAAUCAGAAGGUGGCCGAACUCCUCUGAUGAAAGCUGCCAGGGCUGGAUAUCUCUGUACUGUGCAAUUUCUGAUCAGCAAAGGAGCUGACGUGAAUCGUGCAACCUCCACGAAUGACCACACAGUCCUAUCUCUGGCCUGUGCGGGGGGACACCUAGCAGUGGUGGAACUUCUCCUGGCUCAUGGAGCUGAUCCAGCCCAUAAACUGAAGGAUGGCUCAACAAUGAUCAUUGAAGCUGCCAAAGGUGGACACACGCAGGUUGUCAAACUCCUGUUGGAAUAUCCUAAUCGAGUGCUUAUGAAUUCUCCUGAGUCAGCUCUAGUGCCAUCUGAGACAAAUAUUCCAGAGUCUCGGGUUCCUGUUCAGGGCUUGGGAAACAUUGUCCCACCUAGUGAUCCAAAUUCCCCAUCUCAGAAUAAUAUUGCCUCACUUCAAACAGUAGCACAAAAUGUGAUAAAAUCAGCUAGUGAGAAGGAUUCAAACUUCCCCCCAAGAAAUCCAGACCAAGUGUGGAAAAACCUGCCAAAGCCAGGGGGAAAGAGAAACCACAACAACAGUGGUGGAGACAGUGCAAGUAAACCAAGCAAAACCUCCAACAUACCUCCACCCCCUCCACCCCCAGCCACCACCCCUCAGUAUGGGGACGGUGCCCCAACACCUCCACAGUAUGGAGACAUGGGUAGUCUGUCUGAUGAGGCACUAGAUGUAAAGGCCAGUGAAAGGCUUGAGGCCAUUAUCAAUAAUGUGAUGGCAAAAGAGCUUGACAGUAGCUCAGCGACCAGGGAGGAACAGAUCCUGAGGAAGCAGCAAAUACUUCAUGAGCUGCAGAAGGUUGAAAAAGAACUACAGGAGAAAGCGCAAGCACAGUUGUUCCUGAGUGCUCAGCACCAGCUAGAGCAACAACAGCAGCAGCAACAUCUUCAACAUGUCCUGCAACAGGGAGCCAAAGUUUUGCAGCGAACCCUGGAGGUACAAGUAAAGAUCAAGCAAGAGGAGAACAACGGAGAGGGGUCAUCAGCCGAGGAAAAGGUAGAGGGGGAAUCGCCAGCUAGUCCCCAGCCCUCCAAUGACCUCGAUAAGCAAGUCACUAGUUUGUUACCAGCAGAUGUUGCAGCCAGCGGCCAGAUCGUGUUCCCCAAUAUCCCAUACGACUCAAAUCUUUUACCAGCAUCAUCUAGUCAGCCUGUGAGCAUGCCUUCACCAGCUUCAUCUGAAGCCAGCACACCCAAGGAAGGUAAAGACUGGCCGCGCAACAAUGGUAACACCCCCAAACGUGGAGUCAGUGGAAAGGGAGGAAACCGAACCAAGACCCCCAGCUCCAGUGCUCCUACAACCCCUACUGGGAUAUCAGUACCUACAACAGUGACAGCAGCGGAUCAAAACAAAGUAACCCAAUCCAGUCAACAACUAGCCCAAGCUUCAGCAGGCAUUCAAUCUCCUGCCAACAACAACUCAGCAGUGGCUCUGGCAACAUACCGACAACAAAUCCAGAACAUUGUUCUCCGCCAUCAACAACAGCAACAGCUGCAGCUUCAACAGCAAAACCCUCAACAACAGCAGAAUCAGUCACAACAGACCAUUCAGUUCCCUCAGCUUCCCCAGUUACAACUGACCCCAGAGCAACAAGAGCACCUACUUACCAUGUUAUCACAACAGACCUUCCAGCCCCAGAUAACCAAUCCCGCUAUUCCUAAUCAACAACUCCCCCAACAGGUCCCCCAACAGCAGUUCUCUCAGCAACCCAUGGUCCAGCAGCCAUUGCAGCUGAUUCAGCCACCUCCACAACCCCCCAUGACUCAGCAGCAGCAACAGCAACUUCUGCAGCAGCAGCAACAAGCCCAGAUACUAACACAACAAUUGCAACAGCAAAUCAAGCCCCCUCAACCAGCACCUCCUCAAACUACAAACGGCCAAAAGAAUGCACGAAACAAGCGACAUCUGUACAACAAUCAACAGCAGGCGGCAGGCAACGGAAACGUGCAGAAUGUUGAGACCAUAACGCCCCCGUCCUCCACCCCGCUAACUCCCAACCCUUCUCCAGCCUCGCCUCAGAGUAUCUCCCCACUCUGUACCCCAGAUCUGGAUGCUCAGACGGAGAGUAAUCAUGACACAGCUUUGACCUUAGCUUGCCAUGGUGGACACUCGGAGCUUGUCAAUCUCCUGUUGUCAAAAGGUGCAGACAUUGAGCACAGGGACAAAAAAGGAUUUACACCAUUGAUUCUGGCUGCCACAGCAGGUCAUGUUGAUGUGGUGGAAAUCUUGUUAGAGUCUGGUGCAGAUAUGGAGGCCCAGUCGGAGAGAACGAAAGACACGCCCCUCUCCCUGGCUUGUUCUGGAGGAAGAUAUGAGGUGGUUGAGUUGUUGCUAUCCAAGGGUGCCAACAAAGAGCACAGAAAUGUGUCGGACUACACUCCUCUCAGUCUAGCCGCCUCAGGGGGAUAUGUCAACAUCAUCAAACUCCUUCUGUCCCAUGGAGCAGAAAUCAAUUCCAGGACGGGGAGUAAACUUGGCAUUUCUCCUUUGAUGUUGGCUGCAAUGAAUGGGCAUACUGCAGCAGUGAAGCUACUGUUGGAUAUGGGAAGUGACAUCAAUGCGCAGAUUGAGACCAACCGAAACACAGCUUUGACACUUGCCUGUUUCCAAGGUAGACAUGAGGUUGUCAGUUUACUUGUGGACAGAAAGGCCAACAUUGAACAUAGGGCAAAGACCGGUCUGACCCCCCUUAUGGAGGCUGCCUCCGGUGGCUAUGUUGAGGUGGGGAGAGUUCUGUUGGACAAGGGGGCAGAUGUGAACGCCCCUCCCGUCCCCUCCUCCAGGGACACGGCUCUGACCAUCGCAGCGGACAAAGGACACUACAGAUUUGUUGAGCUUCUUUUGUCAAGACAUGCUGCAGUAGAUGUUAAGAAUAAAAAGGGUAACUCUCCCCUCUGGCUUGCUUGCAAUGGUGGACAUCUAGAUGUAGUUCAGCUGCUGGUAUCAGCAGGAGCUGAUAUUGACAGUCAAGACAAUCGCAAGGUCUCCUGCCUGAUGGCCUCAUUUCGUAAAGGUCAUGUCAAGGUCAGCAAGUGGAUGGUUAAGCAUGUGAACCAGUUUCCAUCAGACCAAGAGCUGUCCAGAUACAUAGCUACUGUUAGUGAUAAGGAACUUCAGAAGAAGUGUCAGCAGUGUAUGGAGAUCAUAGUGAGUGCAAAGGACCGGCAAGCUGCAGAAGCCUUUAAAAACGCCAACAUUUUACUGGAGGAACUAGACAAGGAGAGACAGCAUGAAGAAAACCGGAAAGCUGCAGCUGCAAAGAAGCGAGAAAGAAAAAAGAAGAAGAAGAAGGAAAAACAACAGGAAAAAGAUGUCAAAGAUGUGGAUGAGGAAGAUGAUACGAAUAGCAAUAGCAAGAAUUCAACACCAGAGCCAGAAAACUGUAUGAGUGAUAUCUACCAGCCGGACAAGGAAGAGAAGAUAGAUCUAGAUGAGAGGAUACCGAUGCAGCCUCCAACAGCCACUGUAGUCUCUACCAUCGGUACGUUAUUGCCAUCCGCCAGUGAGCCAGCAUACAGCAAGUCUGGGAGAAACAAGAAUAACAAUCGCAUUGCUGAGACUUCUACUAUUAGUUCAGCAGAAUCCAGAAAGAACAAGAGGAAUCGCAAGGAGAAGGAGAGAGUGUCUGAUGUGGAGAAUGUCCCAGUAUCAGUUGCCACAUCCAUGUCUCUGAAUGCCACCACCACCAGUAACCACCUGGCAGGGCAGAAUGACAAUGUGGGCCGCAGGAAGAAGGGAGAUAACUCGGCAUCCUCGGCAUUUGGAUCAGGUAUAGGGGAUCUUGAUGACUUUGGAACACUACCAGAGAAUUUAAAGAUCAGUGAUAGAGAGGUUGAAAAACUAAGGAAAACUGUGGAGAAAACUAAACCUGAUAAAAGUGACCAUGUGUUGCAUGUCAAUAAACAGAAUGGUGAGAAUGUAUCACCUUCUGUUCAUGGCCUUCAUGUAAAGACUACUCCUGUGAUAGCUAGCCCGAAGAAAGGCCAAAAGAAAGAGGAUGGGUGGAAGGAGGUGGUCAGACGACCUGUAUCCUGCAAGUCCAAGAAAGUGCAAGUACCCUCGUCAGCUAUAAGUCGUGUGAUUGGCCGUGGUGGUUGUAACAUCAAUUUGAUACGGGAGGUAUCAGGGGCUCAUAUUGAAGUGGAGAAACAGCGAGGAUCAGGAGAGAGGGUCAUUACCAUCAAGGGUACAGUGGAUGGAACCAAACAGGCUCAUACACUGAUCUCCGCUUUGAUAGCAGAUCCUGAUAAAGAUUUGCAGGAGUUGAUACCCAAAAGUAAGAACAAAACCAGCACGAAAGACCAGUCCAUGUUCUUCAAUCCUGAGACAGUGAUGCCCCCUGCCUCCACACAUGGCCAGACCUCCACCUCUACCACAAAGACUACAUCCAGCACCAGGAACAUGGGUCCCAGAGGUCAGAAUCAGUCCAGCAGUGCUCGACCUCAGACAACUGUCAGUAGUUCUGUUCCCAGCUCAUCAAUGGUGUGGGGAGGUCCCCCAUCACAACCACCCAUAACAUCCCCAAGGAGGAGUCAGCCAAAACAGGCCACAGUCAUCCAACCAGGCCAGGGCAACCCAGACAAGAAUGUCACUCGUCAACUGUUCCCCAAUGAAACCAAGAAUCGGGGAGGGUUUGGGGUUCCACCAAGUACCAGCAGUAAUACAACGGUUUCCUAUACUCUGGCUUCUUCUACCUCCAAAGUUACAACCUCGGGGUCUCCAGUAUUUACCAUCAAGCCAGAUAAUAGUAAACAACCAUUGCCAAGCAAACCAGGGCAGAUAAGACCACCUGUUCCAGGCAAUGUGAAAGUGCUGCAACGCCCAGGAAGUCAUAAACAGGACCCACAACCUCUGCCAAUAAUCAGUGGCCAGCAGAAUGGUCCCAGUGCUCCCCCAAUGAUGGGGCCCAAUGGGCCAUUUAUGCCUCCCAAUUCUCCUGGUGGAUCAUUCUCUCCCUUUAAUAACUUAUUCAGCAAUGUUGCUGAUCAGCUUCUGAAGAAAGAUGAUGCAUCAGAGAGGAUGAACUUUGCCAGUGUGGCAGCUGCUGGAGUGAUUGGUAGUCUUACCAACUCCAGUGCUGCCUCUGAUUUGAUGGCCACAAAAGUCGAUCCACACCUUCAGGCCAAAGCUCCUGGAUUUAGACCUGUUAGAAACCCAUCCCCUCAUGAAAUGGAAAUGAGAUUCAAAGGAAUACAAUUGCCACCACAGAUGAUGAAUGAAUUAGAUAGUAGAAUGUUCCGCACUGGUCUACCCAAUCAGUCACCAUCUAUGUCUCCCCGCUCCAGUACAUCCACACCCAACACCAACAUGUCCCCAAGAAACCAGACAAAUACUAGUCUUGAUCCUGGUCACCUGUCAUCUGCAGUCGGUCAGAAAGAGGAAUAUACAACACCAUCUCAACCAAUGACUCUGCCCAAGAUUGAGAGUACGCUCAAUCCUAAUGCUCCAGAUUUCACAUCACGCCAAGCGGGAGGGGGUCCUCCCAAUCACCCUGGAGGCAAUGUGCCGCCCAACAACCUGGCCAUGGGAUAUCUACUAUACCAACAGGCUCUGGCUCAGCAGUUGCAAAACCUAGGUGGCCCAGGACCUAACUUGUUGUCACCAGGGAUGAUAUCUCAGCAGGAAUUUGCCAACUUGAUCCAUCAGUUUGUGGCAAGUGGACAGGCUCAGCCUCCUGCAGGAUCAUCCCCUCCAGUGGGGGUCCCAACAAGUGGCAACACAGUCCCCUCAGGCCUGGGUGUACCAGGACAAGCUCCUGCUCCACCACGCCCCUUCUCUCCUCUAACACAAGGGCGUCCCAGUAGUGCUCCAUUAAUGGGUGGGAUGCCACGAGAUGGUAGUUCUCCAGGCCCCAUUGGUCCCCCUCCACCUGCUGCCUCACCCCUCACUGUAUCGCCCAAGUUGUCAGACCAAAUAAAAUCAGAGGAUAGGCGGCCAGUGGGCCCUAUUGGGGGAGAGAGACCCAUGGGUCCCAUAGGCGGCGAAAGAGCCCAGCGCCGAGCCCCAGGGCCUAUUCCAGCGCAACCUAUCUCUGCUGCUAAUGACUUCGGUCCAGCAUUUUGGAACAUAGCAACAGAACUGAGUAUGCAGUGGGGUCCAGUGAGUUCUGCCUCCUCUAUACACGACAGCAGUAGCUCUGUGAUAACCUCUAGUGAGGGAGGGGUACCUUCUCUAAAGAACCAGACAGACUUUCUGGAGGGACGUGACCUGUCAGACCAACAAAUGGACAAAGUUCUUCAUGGAACUUCUGUGGGUAUGGAGUACUAUGGGAAGGGUAUCGGUCCCGGUGGAGGAGGGCAGUUUUCCAUGGCGCAACAGAACUUUAUUCCUGGCCCUGUGGGUGAUGGAAUGCCCAACAACAUGUGGAAUCCACAGAUGAAGGGACAAGUGUCAGAAGCAUCUGAUAAAGUGAUGUGGAAUUCUUGGAGUUCGCAGACUAGCAUGUAGUGGUUGAUUUUAUCCUGUGAGGAUGUGGUUCUUAUUUCCAGAGAGUUGUUGAUUGUCAUGAUUCUGACCUUGAUGACACAUGUAUUAUGUUUAUUCUUUAUGUAGCAUGUGAACAUGAAAUUGUCUUAUAAUGAAUGUAGAAUGAAAAAAGAAAGCUUGCAUCAUUUUCCUCGUUAUCUGUCAAAGCUGAUAGCAAUUCCCAUUUGAAGACAAAAAUCUAGUUGUAUGUAUUCAAGGUGUAUAAAUAAAGUAACCUUGGAAUUCA